GUAAACUAAAAGAGUGGACGCUGGUCCUUUAUGGCACCUCGGGGCACCCGUACCAGUCUCACGGGACCCAGCACUCUCGCUCCAGGAUGCUGGAGAUCCCAACACCCAGCCAGGACCCCAAAGGGCCCGAACCGGCCCCGGAGGUCGUCAAGCACCAGGAGGAGGAAGAGGAGGAGUACAGCGGUAGGAGAGGCUCUGCCAUAAACUGUUUGCCCUGAACUGUUACAACACCGUAGUCCGACAACACACCUCAACCUCCGUCUAACCUCUGUGUGUGUGUGUGUUUGUGCGUGUGUGUGCUUGCGUUUGUGCGUGUGUGUGUGAUUGUGUAUGUAUUCUCUGUAACCCCUCUCAGGGCCAUGUCACAGUGAGUGUGGGGACCAGGGCUGUGAUGGGUCAGAUCCUGACCACUGUCUGAACUGUAUCCACUACAGCCUGGGCAGCCUCAAGACAGGCAGGUAAACAGACUGGGACCAAAGAUACUUUUAACUAACCCAAGAUGGGACAGAUGGGCCUUUUACAAUAGGAACCGCUGAAGGUUUCAUAUACAGUAUGAGAAAAUGUGCGGAAUGUUCGCCCAGUUUCAUCUCACUCCAUCUUCUCUCUCUGUCUGGCACUGGAGUUCCUCUCAUCACCAUGUUUGGUGGUGAUUGGAAGCCCCCACCGGAUGCUUCAGAUUUGUGACCGAUCUUGGUUUCCUCUUUUAUCUGUGCUGUGACCAUAUCUGAUUCAAACUCAGUGAAUCCUUAUUGUUCUGUUUCUGGGCAACAUCAAGAUAGGAAGGCACAAGAGCAUUUUGAGGAGUGGGAGCAUUUUGAGGAGUGUCCAUUAUUUAUUCAUAUUCAGAAAACCUGUAUUACUUCGGUAGCUCUUUAUUUUACGGUACAGAAAUGAUCUGGUAUUGACUUAGAAAUGAUCUGGUAUUUACUUAGAAAUGAUCUGGUAUUGACUUAGAAAUGACCUGGUAUUGACUUAGAAAUGACCUGGUAUUGACUUAGAAAUGACCUGGUAUUGACUUAGAAAUGACCUGGUAUUGACUUAGAAAUGACCUGGUAUUGACUUAGAAAUGACCUGGUAUUGACUUAGAAAUGACCUGGUAUUGACUUAGAAAUGACCUGGUAUUACUUGGAAAUGAUAUGGUAAAAUGGUAAUUACACAAUAAUAACCUAUGAAUACUUAUUUGUUUAUUUGAGACUCCAACCAAAGAACACAUUGGCACCAUUUGGUACCAGGUAGUUACCAAUUAUGUGACAUUCUUCGAAUUAAAUGCCAGAAAGUACCAUUUGAUACCUCUUUAUUUCCUAGCAAAUCUCAGGUCAUUUUUGUACCAUAAAACAGUACUACCAUAAUACUUCUAAUACAUGAUUACAGGAGAGGAAUAAUGAAUCUAAUAUAGGAAUAAUGAACGGGACAUCAAAUCUACUUGCCCUCUUUUUAUGAUGUUGUAGUAAUGUAUUUCUAACUAAUUCAUUCAAAGGGACUUUUCCCCAUUUACUUGAUCUGUUGUUUGUGAAAUUCAUUAAUCAAUUUAAUUGAUUAGAUAAAAUAGUAAAAUAAACAAUUGCCAACUUGUAGAGAGGUUACAUUUCAAAUAAUGAACAGAUCGAGUAUAUGGGGAAUAGGUCCUUUUGAAUGAAUAAAUCCAUCCGUUCAUCCAUCCAUUUAUCCGUUCAUCCAUCCGUUCAUCCAUCCGUUCAUCCAUCCAUUCAUCCAUCCAUUCAUCCAUCCCAGGACUUGUGAAAUACAGUAUAGCCAGUCUCUACAAAUCGGCUAAUGUGUGUUUUUACUGUAUUAUCAACUCAUUGUACUGUAACUAUAACUCAUCAAUCAGUCAAUCCAUGACAGGACGUGUGUGAGCCACUGUCCGCUGGGCUUCUACGAUGACUCAGAGGCCAGGAGGUGUCGACGCUGUCACAAGGGCUGUGAGAGGUGUGUGGGUCGCACCCCCACCGAGUGUCGCUCCUGUCGCAGGGGGCUCUACUUCAACCCCCUCAACGCUACCUGCUCUGAGACCUGCCCUGCCGGGUACUUCGCUGACGACAGUAAGUUGAGUGGAGUAGGU